AUGAGAGAAUCCUCCUUGAUCUUGCUGUCAAAGGGUAAGGAUCCAAAGCGGGUUGAGAAUUGGAGGCCAAUUGCCCUUCUCAACACUGAUAGGAAGCUUCUUGCACGGAUAUUUUUUACUAGACUGAGUUCAUUUUCAGGAACUUUAUUAUCUCCUGUCCAGUUCUGCACAGUGAAAGGGCGGAGCAUCUUUGGGGUGAUCCUUACUAUUAAGGAAGCCUUGGAGUUAUGCAAAGUCCAAAACACUGGGUGUUACUUUCUGUCUCUGGACCAGGCUAAGGCCUUUGAUCGAGUGGAUCAAGAGUAUCUGUGGGCCAUUUUGGCAAAGCGUUUGCAGGCGAGUGGAAUUGAGGGUCUCUCUGUUCCCUGUUGCCAGCCCCUCAGGUCGGUAGCCUAUGCGGAUGAUGUCACGGUAGCAGUCUCUUGUCCUGAAGAUGCGAGAAUCAGUUAUGGGGCCACAGACCCAGUACUGAAUGACAGAACACUAUAUCCAUACCAUUUUAGUACAGGACUAAAUGAUGAUAUUCUGCACAUUGCUAUAGCAGAACUGGUGGAACAUCUGGGUUGGACCUGGGUGAUCAUUCUGGCACUUGGUGAUGAACAUGGAGAGAGUAAGAACCUCAGGAAUGAGAUCAAUAAACAUGGAGCAUGUGUUGACUUCAUUGGGACUCUAACAGAAGAUACAAACACAAAUAUAAGAACAUUAGAAAGGAUACAAAAAUCUACUGCACAGUUACACAGAUAUCUAAGAAAUGUGCGCUUCACUGAACCUUGUGGAACAGAAAUAAAUGUCAAUGAGAUCAACAAAUCUCCUGUAAAGUUCACAAUUGAUACUUGGCUUAUUACAUAUGCCAUAAGCCAGCGAAUACAAGUUGGUGAAUAUUUUUGGUCAGGCUCUGAAAGUUCUCUUAAAAUUGAUAUCCAAAAAAUAUUUUGGAAAAAAGAAACCAAUAACCAGUUUCUGAAGUCCCAGUGUUCUCCAAACUGCCCUCCCGGCUACAGAAAAGUCCCAAGGGAAAGAGCGCCGCCCUGCUGCUAUGACUGUGCCAGAUGCUCAGAGGGGGAGAUCUCCAACUUAACUGAUAUGGAAAAUUGUCUAAAAUGUCCCAUCUAUGAAUGGCCAAAUAAUGAGAAAACCAUGUGUAUUGAGAAGCAAACUGAGUUCCUCUCAUUUGAAGCUGAUUCCCUAACUCUGGUCUUUAUUGUCCUCUCCGUGGUGUCUCUUUUAUUAGUGACAGUUAUAAUAGGAAUUUUUAUUUCAUUCCGAGACACUCCAUUAGUGAAGGCCAACAAUCGCAAUCUGAGCUUUAUUCUCCUUUUCUCCAUCAAGCUGAGCUUCCUCUCUGUGUUUUUGUUCCUUGGUCGUCCAUCUGAUAUAACCUGCAUCCUCCGACAAACCUCUUUUGGGAUCAGUUUCUCCAUAGCUAUGUCUUCUGUCCUGGCAAAAACAAUUAUGGUUUGUAUUGCUUUCAAAGCCUCCAAGCCUAAUAGUCCUUGGAGAAAAUGGUUGGGAGUCAAAAUCACAUAUUUUAUAGUCAUUAUUUGUUCAUUCAUUCAGUUUCUAAUUAGUGCUAUCUGGCUGAUCAUUUCUCCCCCAUUCAUGGAGCUCAACAUUCUGUCUGAACCUGGAAAAAUCAUCGUUCAGUGCAAUGAGGGCUCUGUCAUUGCCUUCUAUAUUGUCCUCUCCUACAUGGGAUUGUUGGCAUCUGUGAGUUUCAUUGUAGCUUUCUUGGCUCGGACAUUACCGGACAGUUUUAAUGAGGCCAAGUACAUCACUUUCAGCAUGUUGCUCUUCUGCAGUGUUUGGAUCACAAUGAUCCCAGCCUAUCUGAGCACCAAAGGCAAAUACAUGGUGGCAGUGGAAAUAUUUGCCAUAAUCUCUUCAAGCUGUGGCCUUCUCUUCUGUAUAUUUCUACCCAAAUGUUACAUUAUUAUAUUUAAGCCAAAUAGGAAUACAAAGCAAUAUUUACUGGGGAAUAAUAAAUAG